GUGUGUGUGUGUGGGAGGGUGGAGGAUCAAAGCAAAGGGAUGAGACAGAGGAGGGAAGGCAAGGAUGGGAGACAGCAUCACUGCAGCGAAAGCUCCCUGCCUGCCUUUGCAGAGACUGUUUACGCUGAGAGCCGGUUAUCCCCCCUCCACCACCUCCUGCCUGUGUGAGUCAUGUGAGUGAUUUAGUGUAGGUGAAAGGAGCGGAGCAGCAACAGAAAGCCAGUCUUGUUGGUGCGUCUUCUUGCUGAGCAGAUUGCGACAUACAGGGAGCGAGGAAUCCAUGCCAACCCCGAAGGAACAGAAAAAAACCCCUCUCCAUCAAACCACAUUCAGUCUCUUCACGUCAGCAGACAGCCGCUCACCAGCAGAGAACAGCAGCGGUUCAGGAAUCAGAACUGGCUCAGCAGAGGGCAGAAAGAAAACUCGGAUGAAAAGGUCCAGCUAGAACAAAACCAGGAGCUAUUUCAUUUGAUCGACAGGCAGAGAGUGCAAUUGGAGGUACCAGCAACAGCAGUGAGAGCUGAUCAUGAGGCUCCUGUGGAAGUCCUUCGACAAAAUGAGGUGUUUAAGGAAGCGAGCCAUGCUCCCCGUCCUCACCUUCCUACUCACCUCCCUGCUCUUUUUCAACCUUUACCUGGAUGAUGGUUACGUGUUGGAAGGUGAAAAAAGACAGCUGGGAGAGACGAUUCAUCCUUCAAGCUCUGACAGAUAUAUGCACACGUUUAAAGAUUUGUCCAAUUUCUCUGGGAGUAUCAAUGUGACGUAUCGCUAUCUUGCUGGAAUUCCUUUGUCAAGAAAAAAGUAUCUCACGAUUGGCUUGGCAUCCGUCAAAAGGAAGAAGGGAAGCUACCUUCUGGAAACCAUCAAAUCCAUCUUUGACCAAUCAAGCUAUGAGGAGCUGAAGGAGAUUGUGGUUGUGGUCCAUCUUGCAGACUUUGAUCUGGUCUGGUGUGAGAAUGUGGUUCAGGAAAUCACCAGGAAGUUUGCUCACCACAUUAUAGCGGGACGGCUGUUGGUCAUCCAGGCCCCAGAGGAGUUCUACCCCUCUCUGGACGGCUUAAAGAGGAACUACAAUGACCCGGACGACAGAGUCCGUUUCCGUUCCAAGCAGAACGUGGACUAUGCUUUCCUCCUGAACUUCUGCACAAACCUGUCGCACUUCUACAUGAUGUUGGAGGACGACGUGCGCUGCUCCAGGAACUUUCUGACAGCGCUGAAGAAGGUGAUCACCUCCAGAGAAGGCUCCUACUGGGUGAUGAUGGAGUUCUCUAAGCUGGGCUACAUCGGUAAGCUCUACCACUCCAGAGACCUGCCUCGCCUGGCUCAUUUUCUCCUCAUGUUCUACCAGGAAAUGCCUUGUGAUUGGCUUCUCAUCCACUUCAGGGGACUGCUGGCUCAAAAGGAUGUGAUUCGCUUCAAACCCUCGCUCUUCCAGCACAUGGGUUAUUACUCCUCCUAUAAAGGAGUGGAGAACAAACUGAAGGACGAUGACUUUGAGGAAGACUCGAUUGACAUUCCUGACAACCCCCCUGCUAGUAUUUACACAAACAUAAACGUCUUUGAGAACUAUGACGCAACCAAAGCCUACAGCAGUAUAGCUGACGAGUAUUUCUGGGGGAAACCUCCGUGCACUGGAGACUUCUUCAUUGUAAUCUUCAACAAAUCGACAAAAAUUAGCAGAAUUAAAAUUGUGACGGGCACGGAGGAUCGUCAAAACGACAUCCUUCACCACGGAGCUCUGGAAGUAGGCCAGAAGUCUGUAGAGACCAAACAGGGAAGACAAUGUACAUCAUAUAUCACACUGGGGGAGUUUAAAGUUGGCAACAUUGAGGUCAACGGCGUGGACCAUAAGAUUGGCUUUGACAUUGAGUGUGUCAGAAUAGUUGUCACAGCUAGUCAGAAAGAAUGGCUCAUCAUAAGAACUAUCAGCCUCUGGACCUCACAGCCUGUUGGUCAGUUAAAGUAGGAGCGCUAAAUUCUUCAGUUUUUUUUUUUUUGUUUGUUUGUUUUUUUUUUGUCUGUAUGUUUUGACAGUGUGACUUUAUUUUCGGACUAUUGGAGUACAUUUGAAUCGAUCCAUAUUUUUUUGGAUUGCUCAAAGAUCUGUAUAACAAUGGUGAUGUAUCAGAAACAAAAUUACUGUGUACAUAAAAGAUUUCUACUACAAUGUC